UUGCAUUUGUCAGAGUGGUGUUAGGGAGCAAUUUAAGUUCUAAUUACCUGUCCAAAACUCCUAUUGCUAUGUUUGCUCAUUUUGUUUUUCUUAGUAAAAGGGCAAAUUCAUCAUGCAGCUGAGUUGUCUGGUGCUCUUCACAUUUCAAAUAUAUUCAAAUGAAUUGUUUAGCGCACAUUCCAUCUGCACAUGAAGAAAUUCCAACCAAUUUUCUGCAUUGCACAUUUGUAGUAUAUCUCCUGGCACACAACUGCUUGCUACCCAAAUUGCCACACAUGCCAGUCUAGGUGUUGCCAGCUGCCCACAAUUCCCAGUUUAUGUUACCAAUCCUUCAGGUGGGGCAAACAAGGGCCAAUCACCAUUAAAAAGAGAGUGAAUAUUAUUGAAUGACUUGCAGUCAUCAGCUCAUUUAGUCAGGGGGCUGUGGCUUAAUUCCUCCAACACCUGUAAUAUGUUGUGCAUUGUUGGCUAAUUGGAGGUUGAAUUACAACAAUUUGAUGAAAUUUUUGAAACAAUUGGCAGUUCUUACUUUGAUCCUAGCAGUGCCAAUAACUGCAAGCCUUCUUUUGACCAAAAUACGGAGGCUUUAUUUUUGGUGAUGUUUAAAAAAGAAUUUUGUUUUUGAAUAAUAUUAAAUUUUCAAUUCCAUGUGCCAAGCCUCCUUUGCAUGUUGUAUCAUUUGAUGUAAGGUUACUCUUACACUUUAUAUGGAAAAUUAAUAUGGACGGUGGUCAGGAGUAUUAUCUUCCAUUGCUACUUUUUUAUGAGUAAGAAUUGGUAUGGUCCUUUUUCAUCAUUUUUAUAUAGAGAAAUAGUCAUUAUACUCAGAGUCAAACAAAGCUGUACCUAGAAGCCAAUGUGACCACCUUGCAGUUUGUGAGGCCAUGAUGUGAUUCUAUUUUUUCUAUAUCCAAUCCUUCAGGUGGGGCAAACAAUUCAAAAACUGAUGGUAGUUAUUGGCUAUUCUUUAAUGUUUUUGGUGGAGAAACUUUUUUAGAAUCAAGAAAAUACUUUUAGAAUGAAACUGAAUUUUGUUAAUUAACCAUGGUCCUUGUUUGAGCUACAGAGGAAUUUACAAAUCUAGAUUAAAUAAACUGCCGUUGUAUUUAUAAUAGUUUUUGCCCCUCUUGUGUCAUGGCAUGGCAAACUCUGAGAUGGUUAAUUAAAGCCAUUUCUUCCUAGAAAUGUGCAAGUGUAAAUGUUGAGGUAGGGGAUAAUCACCUCCCCCUGUCAUAACCACUGUGAAAACAUCAUCAAUAAAGGCCAAAUUGCUUCUUCUGAAUGCAAAUUCUGUGUAGCUUCACACAUCAUCUAACUGUUUUCACUGAAGAGGUGAAGCCUUCGUUCUUUACAAAAAUGUAGAGCAGAAAGAAAUAUCUCCAGCGCGUGAUGGGCAAUGAACCCCCAGCUAUUCCAAUGUGUACUUUUCUGAUUACCGCUUACUUUCCAUUUGUGCAAUCAGCCUCGUUUUCAAUAAGAGGUUCAAUAGUUUGAAUGCAUGCAGAGUUAAAGUUGUAGUGAUUCUCAGAAAUUGAACAAAGUGUUUUGCUGGAGAAAGAAUUCCAUGAAAUGAGUUCUACAAAUUCUUUAAAGGACGAUCCCCUUGAAAUUCUGAAAAGGAAUCUGGCAGAAGCAAAGAGAUUGAACGACACAAAACUUGCAAACAAAAUACGACAAGACAUCUGGGUGUUAAGAGAUACAUCAUCUGGCCACAGCCCUGCUAUUUCAUCCGAUGAGGUUACAGAAUCUCUUGGUAGAAUAGCUGUUGCUUGCAAGAAAGGAGAACCCCCUAAAAAAGAAGCAGAAAGAACUAGCUUUGUUAACCCAUUUGAAAAAAGUCUUCAUAAACUGGAAAAGAAAUUAAAACAGAUAGAUGCUCUGAAAGAAAGACAGAAAAAUGGAGAGAAGCUAGAAAAAACCCAGAUAACAAAGAUUGAGUCAGAGGAAAAUGUAAAACAGGAGAUUGAAGAAGUGAAAAAGACUUUGGCAUCAAUGGCUGUCAGCAGGUAGAUUGAGAGGCCAUCAGGAAACACAGUGCUGGUACAGCCAUCCUGUGGCCAGUUCACAAAGUUUUUUCAGGAAAGGAAUUGGCAAUAAAUAUAAAAGAAUAGAGAAGCUAUUUGGAAAAUGACUUUAGCUUGAUACUGUAUUUAUAAGAAGAAGAUCACAUUCAAGUGAAAGGGCAGUUUGCUGGACAUGUUUGUUGGACAGUUGUUUCAUAUUGCAAAUUUAACAAAAUUGAGUUGUAGAGAAAAAUUAUUUUGUUCACCAACUAAUUAUGGAAAUUCAUUCUGUUGGCUUUGUCAGA